AUGCCGAUCGUUAAUGAGGUUGCUGCUUUUCAAUUGCCCCCGAAUGACAUUCGCAUAGCACCAACUACAAAUUUCCCGCAACAAGCAGUUAAUGAUGAUGAUGAUUUUACUACUACCCCACCGGGCGCGGCUAGGGACACUGAUGUAAAGGGUUUUGUUGCAUCUGAAUCUCCACCACACAAGAAACGUAGACAGUUGUCUGUUGGAGGUUCAUCGUCAAAGAAAGCAGAUCUUGUGAAUGAACCAAUUCCAACACCAAGGAAUACUGCACGGGGGGAGAGUAAGAGGUUUGUUUCUCCAAAGGCCAAUGAGGCAGUCCCUCCAACACCCCCAUUUGCCCAGUGUGACAUCCAGUCAACCAGUAAAGAAGACGAGUUGCCUGUAACGAGGAAAGAAUUUGAUAAAUUUAAGAAGUCGGUGAAGGAGGAGUUCAAUGAUCUUCGUGAUUUGAUGAACGACAAUUUGACAAAAAUUCUUCAAGCAAUCAAAGGGAAUAAUGAUUCAGAUAAGCAAAAUGACGGUGAAACACAUCGUACAUUCGAGGAUGACAUAUUUGACAAGUCACCAGUUCAUGAGGCAACAAAGGGCAUUACAACUACCAGAACUGGCAUAGUGGGAGAUGUUGGUUUAAUCAAGGUUAAUUCUAGUGAGGAUACCUUAAUGGGUUCCACAGAAGAGAUCAAGGAAGAAGGUGUCAUAUCUGGAGAACAUAAUGAACCAGAGGCAUUUGGAUCCCAGUUCCCAAUUAAUACAUCUCAACAAAAAACAAGUGAUAUGGCUUAUGUUGAUCCUGCAAGCAUACAUAGCCAUUCAAAUGAUGAUAAAAUCGUCGAUACACUGGCCGACGAUGUUGCCCAUGUUGAUCUUGAUGAACAUGAUUCAAAACAGCUAACACCAUACAAUGUUGAUGCUCAAAAGCAAGGAGACGCGAUUCAUCAGGAAACUCAGUUUGAGUUGCCUGACGAGUUGCUUCCAUCGCAAAGAACCAUAUCGAGAAUUGUAAUGACAUUGCGUAAGGAUAGGCGUCCUGGACCGUUGCAAAUAUCUCCUUAUCUGUCAAAUUUUAGUUUAGCUUCUGGCAGUUCAGUUAAGUUGACUGCAAUAUUUGACAAAAAACACUCAUUUGAGCAGUGUUGCAUCACUGGGGCUCCUGAUAAAACAGUUUGCACAGAGUUCUCCAAACGGAUUAGGGAUGGGCUACUAGUUAGGCAUGAGAGCAAAAAGAGCAAAUAUGACCAUUACAAAAAAGGGAAGGCAACACUGCCGUACUUUUUGGAUUGUGGUAUUAAGAAGAUCAAAAAAUUGAUUUACCUGUUAGCAAUGGAUGGGCAGUUGUUGAAUGAUGAGCACAUUGAUGUGAUUUUUUACUACUUACGCAAGAAAUGCAAGUAUGACACCAAUAGCACAUAUAAGUUUACCACUGUUAAUUGUCUUUUCAACACAAGAAUUAAUGAUAUAUCUAAAUCCUAUGGUGAUCCGGAUGGUGUCGCAAACCUAGAAAAUCAAGAGGAUGUUUUAUGUGAAUAUGUGAAAGGCCACCGGAUAAUUUGCACUCUCCCGUGGCAUAUGGUUGAUAAUGUCUUUAUCCCAAGCUUCGGCCAUGAUGUAGCUGUUAAGGUUGAAAUAGACAAGUUGUCCUCACUAUUGCCACUCUACUUACACAUCACUGAAUUCUAUCAAUUAAAGAAAGGCAUUGAUUGGGAUGGUCACCCAGCAUACAAAGAAAAAUCCAAGGCUGAUAGAUUUAAGGUCGUGUAUGUUGAAAAUCUGGCACAACAAACGGCCGGUAGCAUGGAUUGGGGGGUUUAUGUUGCUGCAUAUGCGGAGUAUUUGAGUUUGGGAAAUGGUAUACCAGCUGAAGAUUUUGAUGUUGAGUUACUGCGUACCAGAUAUGCUGCACUUAUAUGGGAUUAUGCCCGGCAGAAGAUGGAAGCUAAGGCGAUAAGCGAUGAUGAGGCACCUCCAAAGCCAGUUAGAGCAGCGAUAGAUUUUGAGAAUGUUGAAAAAAUAGUUCUUACUUAG